CAUCCCGCCACAGACUGACAAGUUUGUAAAUUUCAAAUUUCCCCAGGUUUGCCUGUUGAAACGCUUGUUUUUUCGCUACCAAAAGGAGAACAUAGGUUGUUUUUUUAGUGCAAGAGAAAGAUGGAUUCCCAAGCUCACGAGCCGAUGACACUAGGGUCGCCAACUCACGGCCCCAGCGCGGGGGGAGCGACGUUCCUGCCCGGCUUCCUUCUCGGCGAUCCUCCAGCUGCGCCGUCCCCAAGUUUCGGAGCCGGAAGAACGUGGUCUUCCCCGCAUCAGCUGAGCUCCAGUUUCAGCAGGCAGCAGUCGGUCAGCACCCCAUCCUCCCUUGGACCAGGCAGCGGGCUGGGCCGGUCCAUGAGUAUCCAGUCUGGCAGCACCCCCGGGUCUGGACACACCCACCUGACCCCUCGGUCAGACCGACUGGAAGGGAAAGGGACGACACUCCACAGCGUGUCCAAGGACAAGUCAGGGGCUCCGCCUGUCCAGGGGCUGUUCAGUCAUACCAGCACCCCAACUGGGGCUGUCUUCAGAGGUACCCCAGAAAGACAGCAGCUGGAAUUCUCAGUCAGCAGGACACCAGUACUUACAGGUGUGGCACAUACCACUCCUUCAGGAGGGGUGCUCUUCAGCCCAGGACCUACUCCCAGAGUUCAGAAUGUCCAGAAACCCAGCCCUCCAUCCCCGGCCCAGACCGACCCAUUCUACACCCAGGGGGAGGCUCUGACUGCCGAGGACCAGCUGGACGAGACGUGGGUGACGGUGUUCGGGUUCCCGCCUGCCGCGACGUCCUUCAUCUUACAGCAGUUCUCGCAGUACGGAAACAUUGUUAAACACGUGAUAGCCUCCAACGGCAACUGGCUGCACCUGCACUACCAGUCCAAGAUGCAAGCCAAGAAGGCCCUGAGUAAGAACGGGAAGGUGUUUGGUGGAAGCAUCAUGGUCGGUGUGACACUGUGUAUAGACAAGAGUGUCAUGGAACAGACAGUUGAACCAAGCACAGAAUCCAGCAGUAGCAGCGCUGUGUUCACUCCGAUAAGACCCAGGCACCAGUCCGAGGGAGCCGUAUCGAGGCAUACCCCCAUCAGGCCACUCACUGCUGCAUACAAGGCAGCAAGCAAUGAACAUGAAGUUGUAAAUGACUCGAAAACACCACAGAAGAAUGGCAACAUGGUUUACAAAGCAAUGGAAUAUAUGUUUGGGUGGUAAAUGAAUCUUGCAGCCUUUUCCCUUAAGGCUUUGUGUACAAAAAAUUCAGAUACAGUACAUCAUCAGUCUCAUAUCUUUGUCCUGUCUGUACUACUCAUGACUUUCAGAUAAACUUUCAGCAGUCACUUCAGAUUGUAACCUAAGACCAAGCUUACAAUCCUUUUUGGUCAAGUUUUCCCCGGUCAGAGUUGGGUCCAAACCAAAAAUGAUUACUAGUAUUCCAUCUAGGAACAAUGUGCACAAUACCCUUGGUGCACACAAUGGGCAUUUGCCAAAGUGAAUGCAUCCUUAGUUUAAUGGUGUAUCACAAACUUAUGGUUGGCUAUUACUAGUUUGCUUGACUUUUUAUGCUCUCCCUUUUGCAGGCAAGACAGAGCUUAUACUUUACAGUGAAAUCCUGGUAUGUU